GCGGGCGGCGGGAGCGGCGGGAGCGGCGGGGCCCGCCCGGUGCUGCCCGGCCCGGUCCUGCCCGGCCCUGCCGCGGGGUCUAUGGGGAAGGCGGCCGCGCUGUGCGGCGGCAGCACCCGCGGGCUGGUGUCCCUGCUCAGCGCCGUCCCCUGCUUGGCCUGCCAGGAGCUGCCGGCCAUGAGCGCGGAGCCGGCGGGCCGGGGCGGCGGGGGAGCGGCGGCGGGGCUGCCCGCCGCCCCGGGCUCCGACACCUACAAGGGCUGGCUCUUCAAGUGGACCAACUACCUGAAGGGCUACCAGCGCCGCUGGUUCGUGCUCAGCAACGGGCUCCUCAGCUACUACAGGUCUUCUGCAACUGUCAAGAGUCGUGGCUCUUCUUGGAAACGUGUGAAAAAUACAUCAGUCCCAGUUCAGAGGAUGGGGACACAGGCAGAAAUGGCCCACACGUGUCGUGGGACCAUCAACCUGUCCACGGCCCACAUCGAUACGGAGGACUCAUGUAACAUCGUGCUUUCCAAUGGGGGAAGGACCUACCACUUGAAGGCCAACUCAGAAGUGGAGAGACAGCGCUGGGUGACGGCCCUGGAGCUGGCCAAAGCCAAAGCCAUCCGCAUGAGGAACAACCAGUCAGAUGACUCGGGCGACGAGGAGCCCGCCUCGCAGUCAGACAAGAGCGAGCUGCACGGCACGUUGAAGAGCCUCUCCAGUAAGCUGGAGGACCUGAGCACUUGCAAUGACCUGAUCGCCAAGCACGGGGCCGCCCUGCAGCGCUCGCUCAGCGAGCUGGAGAACCUGAAGCUGCCGGCCGAGAGCGGCGAGAAGGUCAAGGCGGUGAACGAGCGAGCCACGCUCUUCCGCAUCACCUCCAAUGCUAUGAUCAACGCUUGCCGGGAUUUCCUGGACCUGGCCGAAGCUCACGGCCGGAAAUGGCAGCGGGCACUGCAGCAUGAGCGGGAGCAGCGGCUGCGGCUGGAGGAGACCAUCGAGCAGUUGGCCAAGCAGCACAACAGCUUGGAGCGCGCCUGCCGCGGGGCGCCCGGCCUGCCCAGCGCCGCCGCCGCCCCCAAGGGGAGUGUGCAGUCUGCCAAGGGAGAGGCCAGUGAUGAAGAUGAAGAGACGGAGUAUUUCGAUGCCAUGGAGGAUGCACCAGCUUUCAUCACUGUAACCGCAGACCCCAAGCACCACAGGCGUUCGGGCAGUAACCUGAGCGGGGCCAGUGAGGGCCACCCUGAGGACUGGAACCUGGAGGACAGUGUCUUUGAAAGCUCAAAUCAAAGUAGCUACAAUGAGUCCACUUGCAGAGAUCUCCUGCCAAAGAAAAGGAGACGAACUCGCAUCCCAGACAAACCCAACUACAGCCUUAACCUCUGGAGCAUCAUGAAGAACUGCAUUGGAAAAGAGCUCUCCAAGAUCCCCAUGCCUGUAAACUUCAACGAGCCACUCUCCAUGCUGCAGAGGCUGACAGAGGACCUGGAGUACCACGAGCUGCUGGACAAAGCGGUCAAGUGCGAGAGCUCCACGGAGCAGAUGUGCUUCGUCGCCGCCUUCUCGGUCUCUUCGUACUCAACCACCGUCCAUCGCACCGCGAAGCCCUUCAACCCCCUCCUGGGGGAAACCUACGAGCUGGACCGGCUGGAGGAGCUUGGUUUCCGUUCCCUGUGUGAGCAGGUGAGCCACCACCCCCCAGCAGCCGCCCAUCACGUCUACUCCAAGCGAGGAUGGACGUUGUGGCAGGAAAUCACCAUUGCCAGCAAGUUCAGGGGCAAAUACCUCUCCAUCAUGCCGCUGGGUGCCAUCCACCUCGAGUUCCACUCCAGUGGCAAUCACUAUGUCUGGAGGAAAGUCACCUCCACUGUUCACAACAUCAUCGUGGGCAAGCUCUGGAUUGACCAGUCUGGUGAAAUAGAGAUUGUUAACCAUAAGUCAAAAGAUAAAUGCCAGCUGAAAUUUACCCCCUACAGCUACUUCUCCAGAGAUGUCCCCCGAAAGGUGACCGGGGUGGUGAGUGACGCCGAUGGGAAAGCCCACUACGUCAUGUCUGGCACGUGGGAUGAGAAGAUGGAAUGUUCCAAGAUAGUGCAGAGCAGCCACGGCAGCAGCAGCACGGAGGGCAAGCAGAAAACUGUCUACCAGACCUUGACUCCAAAGGUCCUGUGGAAGAAGUACCCCCUCCCGGAGAACGCCGAGAACAUGUACUUCUUCUCCGAGCUGGCCCUCACCCUGAACGAGCCCGAGGAGCGGGUGGCCCCCACGGACAGCCGGCUGCGCCCCGACCAGCGCCUGAUGGAGAGCGGCCGCUGGGACGAGGCCAACGCGGAGAAGCAGCGGCUGGAGGAGAAGCAACGGGCCGUGCGGCGCAGGAGGGAGGCCGAGGCCGUGGAAGCCCUGGAGGAGGGCAAGGACUACGAAGGCUACAUCCCGCUGUGGUUCGAGCGCCAGGUGGACGCGGUGACCGGGGAGCUGAUCUGUGUCUACAAGGGUGGCUACUGGGAGGCCAAGGAGAAGCAGGACUGGACCACGUGCCCCGACAUCUUCUGAACCCCUCCUGGCGCCGGGGGGACACCCCGCGUCCCCGGGACGGGCGGAGGGACAAGCGGGGACACCCCAGCUCGAGCGCUGCGAACCCGCAGAGGCAGCACCUGCAGAAACCCGGGAAGCGGCUCAGAGCAGGGACCCCAAACCUAUUUUUUUUACGCACUAAUAAAUAGUUUUGGUUUGGUUUUGUU